UUUGGUUCGAGUGAAUUAUUAGUCUCCCCAUCUCCCGCAGUACGUACCAAACUUUUACAUGGAGGGAACACAGACCAAUCAACCGGUGAAUUUGAGUAACGGUAGUAGGUUGACUCAACAUACAGGGCUGGAAAUUUUGAAAAGAACUGGCCUAGCAAAUUUAUAUCUCAGGUUGUGCGCACGCUUUGAACAUUCAUCAUACAACCUGUUCGACGACACACUACAAUCACACAUCUCAGACUACACAAGAACUCGAAUCAAGUUUCCAAUUUGUCCACUCCAUAAGAUGGCAAUUCGCUUCAACAAGGUCAACUGGUUCCAGACCAAAGCCUCAAGACGUGUCGACAAGCAACAAUCACCACGCUCAGUAAGAAAACCCAGAAGACGACCUCACUGGGGAUCAAAAGAUGCCUACCUCGGUCUUCCCAGAUACGACUGCCAGUCACCAAUAGAGAAACACAAGAAGAUAAAAGGCCUCGAUUGUGAGAUCCACGCAAAGAUUCUCCGACAACGUUUGCAAGAUCUUCUGGUUACCUGGAAAGGUCACAACAUCCACACAGAGGUCAAAGAAAGCCCUUUCGGACACAGCUCGAUCAAGUCUGCUCGUCCACAACAACCAUCAACAGAAACCAAUCCCCAGCCUCCUCCAUCAACGGCAUGCAAUUCGGAUAUCCGCUACGACAACUCUUUGAACGAAUGUUUAAAAGCAGCUGAACUCGACCCACAAAAUAUCAAGAUUCUCUACCAGCUUGCAAGCAUCUACACCGGCUUAGGGCGCUCUCAAGAUGCUACCAACAUAUGUGCACGCAUUGAGUCGGUACUUCGCCCACCGAGGGCAAUGCCCUGCCGCCAACGACCAGUUCCGAUCCGCAAGGAAGUUCCACACAUCAACCCGAACUUUACCGCCACUCUCGCAAAACUCGGUUCGACGACUACUUCUGGACCAGCAAACGGCAACCAAAUCCCGUUAUUCGACCCGGCUUCACUCCUGAAUACGACAACGCAAGCAACGAGAUUCACCAUUUCUAGUAAUGCGGGCUUCACUGGAUACACCUCUCUGGUGGGUAUUCGGGUACAACAGCCGUCCUACGCCUCUUUGCGAUAGUACGGUGGCCAAACGCGGCAAAGGAGAGUUCGAAUGCGGGAAACUCUCUAGACUGAAAUUCAGUAUCAAGACAAAAAGAAUGAAGUGAAAAAACUUCCUCGAUGUCAACUACAUAUCCUGGAAGAAGAUAGGGCUCGAGGAGGACAUGAGAGAGGGACUUGGGCAGAGAAUGAGGGAGGGAGCGAUAGAAGGGGACAGGGACAGGGACAGGGAAGGGGUAAGGGAGAGCGGGAGAUAGAUCUUUCAACGAGGGACGAAAUCACGCAAUGACGGAAGAUUUAUGAAGUGCUAAGUCUCUGCAAUUGAUGGGCUUGGAAGCUAGAUAAUGGAAUGCAAGGGUUGAUCAAGUAUGUUUCGCAGCAAACCGCACAGCUUCAAAUGUGUCAAUAUUUCCUAUGCUCAAGUCAGCAGGUGUGAAAAAUGCAGCGGUCC